GAACGUCUUCCGAUGUGUGUUUUGUGACCCGUAUGAUGAAUGUUUAUAAUCCUGUGGCUUUAAAUAAAACCAAUAUUAUUUUUAAAAUUUAGAGAUUAAAUUGCGUCCAAAUAAAGAAUAUGGCAAAUACUGGGGUGCUUCCUUUUGUUAGGGGUGUGGAUUUCACUAGAAACGAUUUUAGCGGGGACAGAUUUCCAGAGGCAGUGAGAUGCAUGACAGGGGUACAAUGGCUCAAAUUAGAUCGUACCAAUCUUACAGAGAUUCCAAAAGAAAUGGGCAACCUGUUAAAACUGGAGCACUUAUCGCUUACAAGAAACCAGCUUGAGAAACUUUAUGGGGAAUUAACUGAGCUAAACUGCCUUCGAACUUUGAAUUUAAGGCACAACAAAGUGAAAAGUUCUGGGAUUCCAUCUGAAUUGUUUAAUUUAGAAGAGCUUAGUACUUUAGAUCUUAGUUAUAAUAAUUUGAAAGAGGUUCCUGAAGGUUUAGAUAAAGCUAAAUCAUUGUUGGUGUUAAACCUAAGCCAUAACCACAUAGACUCAAUUCCAAACUCACUGUUCAUAAACCUAACAGAUUUGCUGUUUCUUGAUCUGAGUGACAAUAAUCUGGAGACUCUACCACCACAAACCAGACGUCUGAUCAAUUUGCAAACUUUUACAUUGAACAACAACCCUCUCGGGCAUUUUCAACUUCGACAAUUACCAUCUUUGGUUAACUUGGAAACACUACACAUGAGGAACACACAAAGGAACUUGAGUAACUUCCCUGGUAACCUAGAUAACUUGACUAAUUUGGCAGAUGUGGAUUUGGCUCAAAAUGCGUUGCCUAAAGUGCCUGAUGCCCUGUUCAGUUUGGCAAAUCUGAAAAGGUUGAAUUUAAGUGAAAAUGAAAUUACAGAGUUGUCUACAGCGAUAGAAAAUUGGCAGAAGCUAGAAACCCUCAACCUUUCACGCAACAAACUAACAAGUCUGCCGGGUUCUUUGUGUAAGCUGGCAUUUUUGAGAAGAUUGUACGUAAAUGACAACCAACUGGAUUUUGAGGGAAUACCCUCUGGUAUUGGGAAACUAGGUAGCUUGGAAGUGUUUUCAGCUUCACAUAAUCGCUUGGAGAUGAUUCCAGAGGGACUUUGCAGGUGUGGGUCGUUGAAAAAAAUGAAUCUGAGCUCAAACUGUUUGAUAACUCUGCCAGACGCAAUCCAUUUUCUCACGGAUUUGGUCCAACUGGACUUGAGGAACAACCCAGAUUUGGUGAUGCCGCCAAAACCUGUUGAGAAUGUCAGAGGGGCAGGAUUGGAAUUUUACAACAUCGAUUUUUCUUUACAAUACCAACUGAGAUUGGCUGGAGCUAAUAUACCGCAACAAACUCCAGCACAGAAUCCUAGUAAAGAUCCGAUAGCAAGAAAAUUGAGACUGAGAAGAGGUAGACGAGAUCAUGAGGAAGCAGAUCAGGAUCAAGCAAAGAUAUUAAAGGUGAAAAUGGUUUAUUGAGAUUUGUCUUAUGUAAAGGUACUUUUUGUAGGGAAUGAAAGAUAUUGCUAAGGAGAAAAACAGAAGCACACAAGAAGAGGCUAAGGCAGAAAGCUUAAAGCCUAAACGAUGGGACGAAGCCUUGGAAAAACCUCCAGUAGAUUACUCGGAAAUUUUCGAAGACAUGGCCGGCCAAGCUCCAGGCCUGACGAUAUGGGAAAUUGAAAAUUUCUACCCAAAUCGAAUUGUAGACGCAGCUCACGGGAAAUUUUAUGAAGCAGAUUGUUACAUUGUUUUGAAAACGUCUUUGGAUGAAAACCAGUCUUUGAAUUGGGAAAUUUAUUUUUGGAUCGGCGAAAAAGCCCCGUUGGAUAAAAGAGCAUGUUCUGCCAUACACGCAGUGAAUCUUCGCAACUACCUUGGAGCUCAGUGUCGUACAAUCAGAGAGGAACAGGGUGAUGAAUCUGAAGAAUUUUUGGCACUAUUUGACACUCCUAUCACAUAUAUUGAAGGUGGAAGAACUAGCAGCGGAUUUUAUACUGUUGAGGAUAUGAAUUUUGAAAAAAGGUUGUACAGGGUGCAUCCGACAGGCCCUUCUAUUCACCUAGAACCAGUAGCCGUUUCGUCAGAUUCCUUGGAUCCUAAUUUUGUCUUCAUCUUGGACGCUGGCCUGAAAAUAUUCGUGUGGAAUGGUAAGAAAGCGAAGAAUACGUUGAAAUCUAAAGCGAGGCUAAUGUGCGAGAAAAUAAACAAGAACGAGAGGAAGAAUAAAGCUGAGAUCAGUACAGAAGCUCAAGGGAGUGAAGGCAAGGAGUUCUGGACGGUACUGGGUGAACCUGACGGGGGAAAACCAGAUGAACCACCUAAAGAACAUGUGGAUCUCAACUUUACACCUAUAACACCAAGGUUGUACCAAGUACAGCUAGGCAUGGGUUAUUUGGAAUUACCCCAAGUGGAGGUACCACAUGGAAAACUAGUGAAUACACUUCUGAACAGCAAACAUGUCUACAUAUUGGACUGUUAUUUGGAUGUUUUCGUAUGGAUCGGGAAGAAGUCAACGAAGCUAGUAAACGCAGCCGCUGUGAAAUUAUCUGAAGAAUUGUUUAAUAUGAUUGACAGACCCGAGUAUGCUCGAGUGACGAGAGUUAGGGAAGGAACAGAAUCACAGAUUUUCAAAGCGAAAUUCAUCGGUUGGGACGAAGUUAUAGCCGUAGAUUUCACUCGUACGGCCCAAUCUGUCCGUAAGACGGGCGCUGACUUGACCCAAUGGGCCCGAAAGCAAGAGACGAAAGCGGAUUUGUACGCGCUGUUCAUGCCCAGGCAGCCUCCCAUGCCUGCGCAAGAGGCCAUGCAAUUGGCCGAUGAGUGGAAUGAGGACCUGGAGGCCAUGGAAGCAUUGGUAUUGGAUGGGAAAAAGUUUGUUAAGUUGCCACAGGAGGAGAUGGGCACGUUCUAUUCGCAGGACUGUUACGUUUUCCUAUGUCGUUAUUGGAUGCCAGUGCCUGAUGACGUUGACGAUCCUUCAUCACAUGUUGCAGAUGACGAUGCCGAUGAUUUCCAAUGGGUUUGUUACUUCUGGCAAGGGCGAGAUGCCUCCAAUAUGGGGUGGUUAACCUUCACAUUUACGCUCCAGAAAAAAUUCAAGGCACUGUUUGGUGACAAGUUAGAGGUAGUACGGACUUAUCAGCAACAAGAAAACAUGAAGUUCCUUGCCCAUUUUAAGCGAAAAUUCAUUGUGAAACGUGGUAGCCGACGAAAGAGCAAGGAAGAAAAACCUCAGGUUGAAUUUUAUCAGAUGAGAUCAAAUGGCAGUGCUUUAUACACAAGAUUGGUACAAAUACAGCCAGAUGCUUCUCUGCUGAACUCUGCUUUCUGCUAUAUCUUGAAUGUACCUUUCGAACAAGAUGAUUCUGGUAUAGUAUAUGUCUGGAUAGGCUCAAAGUCUGAUCCAGAUGAAGCAAGAUUGAUUCAAGAGAUAGCCGAGGAAAUGUUCAAUAGUCCGUGGGUCACAUUACAGGUAUUAUCAGAAGGCGAAGAACCCGACAAUUUCUUCUGGUUAGGGCUUGGCGGAAAGAAGCCUUAUGAAAAAGAUGCAACUUUCAUGGAAUACACAAGACUUUUUAGGUGUUCAAAUGAAAAAGGUUACUUUAGUGUUUCAGAAAAAUGCUCAGACUUUUGUCAGGAUGACUUGGCAGAUGAUGAUAUUAUGAUUUUGGACAAUGGAGAACAAGUUUUCCUAUGGCUGGGUGCAAAUUGCAGUGAAGUCGAAAUUAAGCUAGCAUAUAAGUCUGCACAGGUAAGAUGUAUGAUGUUUCCUUUUAGUCUAAGAUCCGAGUUAGAAACGACCUUCAUGUAUCUGUUUAAAAGGUAAAGGGUCUAGAUUAGAAGCGCUCGAUUUUUGUAACGCAAUAAACAAAUUCUGAGAAUGAUAGUAAUAUAUUUUUAGUUUUAUCUAAAGUACAUGUGUUAAAAUUAUGUUACAAAAAUUAUAUCAGGUAAAAU